AUGAAGAAGAAACUCUACAAGAACGGCAAGAUUCACCCAUCACCGCUCACCGACCGCUCAUCGCUUAUUCCGGCGACAAUUCUCACCCUCGCAACCGGGCUUUCGGCUGAAGACAGAGAAGUGUUAGCUUAUCUCAUCUCCUGGAACAGAACAAGUACUACAAACAACAAAUUUUCCGACCAACGAAAAGCGAGUGUCAAGAGCAGCAAUCGUACUCGGGGUUGUGUUGAUGGUAAUCUGCAUCACUCCCCUGUUUUUGAAUGCAAUUGCUUUCGAUGCUAUAUGAAUUUCUGGGCACGCUGGGACGCGUCACCUAACCGGCAACUUAUACACGAAAUCAUUGAAGCGUAUGAAGAAGGGUUGUUCUGGGAAAACAAGAAUAAGAGUAAUACGAAAAGGAGAAAGGAGAGAGGGGGGAAGAGAGUUCAGGAUGUGAAGGACAAGAAUUCUGGGAAAACCAAAAUGGUGGACAACAAAGUGGGUGGGGUUGAAUCGAUGGAGGGAGUGGUCAGUUGCAGUGACGGCGGCAGCGGUGGUAGUGAAGAUGGUGUGGAGGAUGGGUCUGUGAGGAAGAUUGUGAGCUUCAUUGGAGAGAAAAUAUGGGGUGUCUGGAACAGGGAUUAA